AAGGUCCGAAGCUUAAACCAAAAAAAAAAAGGUCUGAAGCCUGAACAAACAAACAAUUCAACCAAACCCAAUUACAUUUACAGUCCAGAAUUUGUUUACAUUUAAAAGAUAAGAUUACAGAAAACACGUGUUAAAUAAAGAUGAAGUUCUUGAUGCAUGAUCUCCAUGUGUUCUAUGAUGUGGCAAAACCUUGUCCGAAGAUGAAGAUGAACGCCGAUGGUAACGCUAGAAGUCGACCAGACCUAUAACCCUAAAACAUUUUUUCGAGUAGGUUAAAUCGCUUGACCGCUCUUCCUUUUUAUGUUCACCAUCGAUCUAUUAGGGUUUUUCAGCUACGCACAAGAGUUAACCCCGGUGAGAAGCUUCAAGGAGAUAGAGGCAGAUUCUUGCCGAAACAUUUUCAAUAAGAGAACUCCAGCUCAUGUGAAACAUCUUGAUUUCAUAGUCGCUUAGAUACUCCGCCAGAAUAUACAUAUAACAAAGAUUGAUUCUUCAUUUGAGUAAGUAAUCAAGCUUAACCAACGAGCAGAUUAAAAACCUCUCAAAUCAAACGGAAUAAUCAAUAUAUCAAGAAAUAUGAGACGGAUUUUAAACACAACAAAAUUGCCUCUCGCGAAACAAACUAGAAUUGCCAAACGAAAGUAGAUCGCCUAUGCGAAAAGUAAUUCCGACCCGACAAGCAGAAAGGAUAAUCAAUCAAAACAAUCGAAGUAUUUUACAGAAAAAACAAAACAAAAAAGACUCAAGAAUCUCUUGUUCCCUCUGUAAGAUUUGUUAUUAUGAAGAGGGACGACGAAAGAAAAUUCUCCCUCUAAGAAGUAGAGAGAGAGAGUCUCAUGAGAUUUGGACAUGAUAUUAACCAUUUUCUAUUUUUUUGGUAUUCAAAGAAUUGAAUCAUAAUUGAAAUACAAUAUAAUUAAUAUAUUUAAAUAUUAAUUACGUUUAGUUUACAAAUGAUAUUUUAAAUUAUAUACAAAAACUCAUUUUGUAAAUAUUUAAUAUUAUUAAAAAUUUAAAUUAAGAAAAUCAGUUGAUUAAUAAUUUAAACUAUAUUAAGAUAUUAAAAAUAAUUUAUAUUUUACUGAAACCAAACUACAUGAUAAGAUAUUCUAAUAAUAUACAAUUGUCUUAAAAGCUAGAAUAAUUGGAACCAAACCAAACUAAAAUCAAAGUUUAUAGGAUAAAUUAAUUGAAAUACUAUAAACUAGAUACAAAUAUACGUACAUUCAAAAAUAUUAUAAUAUUAAAAUUUAAGAUUCGUGGAUUAUUGUUUAGGGUUUAAUAUUUAAAAGGUGAAGGGUGGAUUUAUAAAUUUUUAUAAAUAAUUUGAAAAGAUUAUUUUAGUAUUUUUAUCACAAAUUUAAAUUAUUUAUGAAAAUGGUUAUCAUUUGAAUUAGAAUUUGAAAAUUUGUAUAUAAAAUUAGAAUUUUCCUAUUUUUAUUAUUUUUAGCUAAUUUCCAAAUUUUUAAUACCAUAACCGAAAAAGAAUUGAACCAAAUUAAACCAAAUUUUAUAAAUAUCUAAACGGUAUGUAUCUAUACCGAAAGAACUUGGAUCUCUUUAUCGAAAAGAACCAAAAAUUAAAUGCACACAUGACACACCUAAAUACACCCUCCAGUUUUGAAUUUCAUUUCAGUUUAGUUUCCAUGGAACAAUCUGGUACACUAGUGAAAGCUUUGUUGAAGAACACGAGCAAUCCGAGAUUAGCAUGGAGACUCUACAAGAGAAUCUUCUCUUCUCCUUCACUAGAGAGCCACGCCACAUCUCUAUCCGCCGCACCCACCAUCGCUCGUAUCCUCGUCAAAGCCCAAAUGCAACAAGAAAUCGACGAGCUUCACAGCCUCAUCCUCUCCUCCUCACUCCAAAACGCGAAAGCCUCAUCCUUUCUCUCCGUCGUCUCCAUCUUCGCGAAAUCGAAUCACAUCGACAAAGCAUUCUCUCAAUUCCAAUUCGUCCGGUCACAUUUCCCUGAGAAGGGUCCCGGAAUCUAUUUGUAUAACGUGUUGCUUGAAGGUUGCAUCAAGGAGAGGCGUGUGGAUUUCGUUUCGUGGUUGUAUAAGGAUAUGGUGAUCUCUCGGAUUGCUCCACAGAGUUAUACGUUCAAUCUCUUGAUCCGUGCUUUGUGUGAUUCAAGUUGUGUGGACGCUGCACGUGAGUUGUUCGACGAAAUGCCUGAGAAAGGUUGUAACCCAAAUGAGUUCACUUUCGGGAUAUUGGUUCGUGGGUAUUGUAGAGUUGGUCUCCCUGAUAAAGGACUAGAGCUGUUGAAUUCAAUGGAGAGUUUUGGGGUUUUGCCCAAUAAGGUCGUGUAUAAUACCAUUGUUUCGAGUUUCUGUAAAGAAGGUAGGAACGAUGAUUCUGAGAAGCUGGUGGAGAGGAUGAGAGGGGAAGGUUUGGUUCCUGAUAUUGUGACUUUUAAUGCUAGGAUCUCGGCGCUUUGUAAAGAAGGAAAAGUUCUGGACGCGUCUAGAAUUUUCAGGGAUAUGGAGCUAGAUGAGUAUCUGGGUCUUCCUCGUCCCAACAGGAUAACGUACAACUUGAUGCUGAAAGGGUUCUGUAAGGUAGGGAUGCUGGAGGAAGCUAAGACCCUCUUUGAGUCGAUCACAGGAAAUGAUGAUCUUAGUGGUUUGCAGAGUUACAAUAUUUGGUUGCAGGGAUUGGUCAGGCAUGGGAAGUUUAUAGAGGCUGAAACAGUCCUUAAGCAGAUGAUUGAUAAGGGAUUAUGGCCAAGCAUAUAUUCUUACAAUAUCUUAAUGGAUGGAUUGUGCAAAUUAGGCAUGCUGUCCGAUGCAAAUGCUAUCGUUGGCUUAAUGAAAAGAAAUGGUGUCGUACCAGAUUCUGUAACUUAUGGCUGUCUUCUACAUGGUUAUUGCAGUGUUGGGAAAGUCGACGCAGCUAAAAGCUUAUUGCAGGAGAUGAUGAGAAAUAGUUGCAUGCCGAAUGCUUAUACUUGUAAUAUUUUGCUCCAUAGCCUUUGGAAGAUGGGGAGAAUGUCUGAAGCAGAGGAGCUGCUGCGAAAGAUGAAUGAAAAAGGCUAUGGACUAGAUACUGUCACCUGCAACAUUAUAGUUGAUGGACUCUGUGGAAGUGGCGAAUUAGACAAAGCUAUUGAGAUAGUUAAGGGAAUGCGGGUGCAUGGAAGUGCUGCUCUUGGUAAUCUAGGAAAUUCAUAUGUGGGACUGGUGGAUGACAGCAUGAUCGAGAACAAUUGCUUGCCUGACCUGAUCACUUAUUCAACUUUGCUUAAUGGUUUGUGCAAAGCCGGAAGGUUCGCUGAAGCAAAGAAGUUGUUUGCUGAGAUGAUGGGAGAGAAACUGCAACCGGACUCUGUGGCAUACAACAUCUUCAUCCAUCAUUUCUGCAAACAAGGGAAAAUAUCAUCUGCAUUUCGCGUUCUCAAAGACAUGGAGAAGAAAGGUUGUCAUAAGAGCCUAGAGACAUAUAACUCACUGAUCCUGGGGUUAGGCAUACAAAAUCAGAUAUUUGAAAUUCACGGAUUGAUGGAUGAGAUGAAAGAAAAGGGCAUUUCUCCUAAUAUCUGCACCUACAAUACCGCAAUUAAGUAUCUUUGCGAGGGAGGAAAAGUUGAAGAUGCAACUAACCUCUUAGAUGAAAUGAUGCAGAAGAACGUAACCCCAAAUGUCUUUUCCUUCAAAUAUUUAAUUGGAGCGUUCUGUAAGGUCCCGGACUUUGACAUGGCUCAAGAAGUUUUCGAGACUGCUGUAAGUAUCUGUGGACAAAAGGAAGUCCUUUACAGCUUGAUGUUCAAUGAGUUACUUGCUGCAGGGCAACUCUUAAAGGCCACAGAGUUGCUUGAAACUGUUUUAGAUAGAGGUUUUGAGUUGGGGGAAUUUCUAUAUAAAGAUCUUAUUGAGAGCUUAUGUAAGAAGGAUGAGCUAGAAGUAGCUAGUGGAAUUUUGCAUAGGAUGAUAGAUAAAGGAUAUGGGUUUGACCCAGCAGCAUUGAUGCCUGUGAUAGAUGGCUUAGGUAAGAUGGGAAAUAAGAAAGAGGCAAAUGAAUUUGCCGAGAAGAUGAUGGAAAUGGCUUCAGUUGGUGAAGUAGCAAACAAAGUCGAUCCAAAUGCGAGGGAUUUACAACAGAAAAAGCAUAAUAAAUAUGGUGGAAAUAGCUGGCAGAACAUACUGCACAGAGAUGACGGCAGUGGAAUUGCACUAAAAUCUCUGACAAGGGUUAAAAAAGGAUGGGGUCAGGGGGAUAUAUCAAGCUUUCAGCCUCCGAGAGUUGACUACUUAGACUACUGGGAGGAUGAUGAGUAGAGAUAUUGCAUGUCUCGGUUUUCUUUCUGAUGGGAAAGUUUAGCUCACGGUCAAGCACAAAUUUCUGGGGCAGCUCAUCAAGGAUGAAAAGGCUAGUCUCAGUUGACAUGUACAGGUAAGAAGAAACUAGAAGUUGAAAGAACCUAACAAAAUCCAACUCUAAGGACAAUGAAACAAGAAAGAAAACUGUUGGUCCAAGAUAUGAUGUAAGAAAGACGUUUUCAAGGGUACUAAAAGUAAAUAUUGCAUUACUGGGCGGUGAACGCAUGUGGCAAGACCAAGCUGGUGGAGAAAAAGAGGGGAAAGAGCCGCCCACUUUCGUAUUGAAUUUGAAGCCAACUUUGAAUUUUUGGGUCAAAGGAACACAACCUACGUAAUUGGAUAAAUAUGUAAGCUACUACUAUUCUUGUGCUUUUAGUUCGCACAGUUUCUGGUUUCUAGAACAAUAGGAGUUUGAUUGGUACAAAGCGACUAAGUUUGUUAAAACAUACACAUACAUCAAGGAUUUGAUAGUAAUACAA